UUUCAAUCGUCCCUGUGUGUUUUGUAUCCAUUAUAAAAGGCCGCGCGGCACAGGUUAGAGGCACAGUCAGCUCAGCUGCUCAUUCAGAACAGGUGGAAUAGAUACACUGCAAGCCACACGGCGAGCUACACUUGUCUUUAAAACUACACUAUAUCUCGGAGUUAUACUGAAGUCUACCAUCAUGAUUCCUCAACUUGUCGUAGGAGCCUUGCUAGCAAGUCUUGCCUCAGCAGCAGUCAAGCUUGACAUUAAGUGUUCCGACCACGGAGCCUUCAACUGCCACUCCUCGGAUGCCGGAGCCUUCACCAGAUGCCUCGACGGUCAGCUCUACGAGUUCUACUGCCCAGAUGGACUCCACUUCAACACCCAGACCCAGACCUGUGACUGGCCCGAAUCUGCCGACUGUAGCUACAAACUCGGAGGAAGUGCCAAACAAGUGAAGAAAGUGGCUGAAUCUGCUUCAAAGGUGGGUGGAUCUGCAUCAAGCGGUUCCAGCGGUUCCAGCGGUUCCAGCGGCUCCAGCGGCUCCAGUGGUCAUGGUGCUACCCCCCAUCCCUGGUGGAGACCAAAGAACGUAGACCCUGCUUCAUGGGAAAGAACCGAUAACCUCUUCGAGCUUCCAUUCGACAAGGACAGCAGCGAUGGCGGAGAACACACAUCAAACUCUGGCAGCUCUGGUAGCUCUGGCAGCUCUGGAAGCUCUGGUAGCUCUGGCAAUUCUGGAAGCUCUGGUAGCUCUGGCAAUUCUGGAAGCUCUGGAAGCUCUGGAAACUCUGGCAGUUCGGGUAGUUCGGGUAGUUCCGGCAGCUCUGGUAACUCUGGUAAAUCUGGAAGCUCAGGCGAUCACUCUCACGGAGCGGGUGGUCACGGGUCCCCACAGGAACCGACUCACGACCACAAACCCGCCCCACAGCCUGAGAAACCCGUCCAUAACCCCAUCAGCGCCUCUGCUGACAAGACCCACAGACCAGACCACGGCAGCGUCUCCAAGCCUGAAGGAGAAUGUGGCCCCCACAACUGCAAGCUCCCCAGCUGCUACUGUCCCGGCUCCAGCAUCCCCCACGGCCUCUCCCCCAAGAGCACCCCCCAGAUGGUCAUGAUCACCUUCGACGACGAGGUCUCCGCCGCCUACUACGGCUACUUCCAGCGUCUGUUCCGUCCCGGCAGAUACAACCCCAACGGUUGCCCCGUCCGUGGUUGUCUCUACGUCAGCGGCUCCGGCACCGACUACGACCUGGUGUAUCCCCUGUACGCCAUGGGUGUUGAGGUCGCCAGCCACACCUUGUCCCACAGAUUCCCCCACACCUGGUGGUCCACCGCCUCGUACAGAGAAUACUACGAUGAGGUCAUCGGCAUGAAGAGAGCCCUCACCGAGAAGGCUGGCGUGCCCCAGGAAAGCAUCAAGGGUUUCCGUGUCCCCUUCCUUCAGCUUGGCGGCGACAAUAUGUACAAGACCCUUUACGAUGGUAAAUUCACUUACGAUACUUCCAUGUUCACCGGGGCUGUCUGGGAAGGCGGCGAACCAGUCUGGCCCUUCACCCUUGACUUUGUCCCCGGACAGUACUACUGUCAACACGGCCCCUGCCCACAAGACCAAUACCCCGGCCUCUGGGAGAUCCCUGUCCAGCGUUGGUACGGAGUUGAUGGUCACUCUUGCGCUAUGCCCGAUGGUUGCACUUCCACUGGUGAUGCUGACGAAGCUCUUGAAUUCUUCCGUAGCAACUUCCUCCGUUAUUACAACUCCAACCGCGCCCCACUUGGCAUUUUCGUCCACGCCAGAUGGUUCCACACAGAACAUCACAUCGAGGCCCUUGACCGCUUCAUCGACGAGCUGUUGCAGAUGGAUGAUGUCUACAUCGUCACACCGUCCCAGGUGAUUGAAUGGAUGAAGAACCCAACUCCUGUUCAUUCAGUUGGCGGCUUCGGGCCCUGGUCUUGUGAGGGAGGAGUUGACAAGAGGAAGUAAGCCUGAUAACGCUACACUAUAUAUGACGAGAAACAGUGAACUUCACUGAAAAAGUUCAAUGAUCUGUUAAACGAUGCACUUAAUACCAUCAACAAUCCCUGUUCAGAACAUUGCUCAACGUUUUCAGGUUUUUCAAGUUAGUCGUACUGUCAGGGUCACGUUCCUCAUAUCAUUACAAUUUCAGAGUGUUUAUCAGAUCAUUCAUUUGUAUUCUAAAAUACGAAGGCCAUUCAUUAUGAUCCAUUUCUCAUAUUUUGUGAUAAAUAUCUCCUUGAGAGUCAAACGUGACUAUCAUCUAUCCACAUACGCCAUCUCGUUUUCCUGUGUUCGUAUGUAUACCAUAUCUCUAUAUUUGAUCAAAAUCUAUAUUUUUCUUCGAAUUACAUACAACGUAUGUUUCAAAUCAAAUAGAAGAUAAUGUUUCUAAUGAAAUAGAUGAGAGGCAGCAAAUGCUGCAAGCCGUUGAGACGAGAGAAGGAUGCAUUUAUCUGAUGCUGAAAGUCGAGGAGAGAUUUGAUUGUACAUAAACCGUUAUGUUUGGAGUGUGUGUCUUGAGAGUGUGUGAUAAGGAUCCUAUGCAUGUAUGUAUGCGAAUUUUGAUUGUGUUGUAUAUUUACCUCAUUUGUGUCACAUAGUCUUGCCAUUGUAUCAUAUCAGCGGUCACAUGAAGGCUGUAUAUUGCUUAUAUCCCAUUGCAACAAUAAAACUUCAUUGAAAUUA